AUGCCUCAAUUGAACCCCGCUCCUUGAUUUGCAAUUCUUGUCUUCUCUUGACUAAUUUUUCUAACAGUCAUUCCCCCAAAAGUCCUAGCCCAUAACUUCAACAAUGAACCUACAACUGUAGGAGCUGAAAAAGCUAAACCUGAACCCUGAAACUGACCAUGAUACUAA